CUGCGCUCGGCCGGGCUGCUGGGCGGCUGCGCGCUGGCCUUCGGCGCGCUGCGCUGGGCGCUCGGCUUCCUCCCGGUGCCCGCCUACGUGCGCCGCGACCCCGUCCGCACCUGGCGCUGGAGGAACCUGCUCGUCUCCUUCGUGCACUCCGUCGUGGCCGGCGCCUGGGCUGUGGUCGGGGUGUGGAUCAUGCCUGAGAUGUUUGCGGAUCUCGUCCACACAACCCCGUCCUCUGGGCACCUACUGCUGUGCUUUUCGGGAGGCUACUUCAUCCACGACAGCCUGGACAUCAUCCUGUCCCACCAGUCCCGGGCCUCCUGGGAGUACCUCGUGCACCAUAUCAUGGCCGUGUCGGGCUUGUGCUCCGGCAUCUUCAGGAACCGCUUCGUCGCGGCCGGCCUGGUGCUGCUGCUCGUGGAGGUGAGCAACAUCUUCCUGACCGUCCGGAUGCUGCUCCGGCUGGGCAACCUGCCCUUCCACACGUUGUACAGGAUCAACAAGUACCUGAACGUGACCUUCUACUUCGUCUUCCGCGUGGCCCCGCAGGCCUACCUGACCUGGUACUUCUUCCGUUUCGUGGAGAUGGAGGGCCAGGGCGCCUACCUCAUGGUCCACCUGGUCCUGCUGGACGCCAUGAUCAUGAGCUACUGUCUGCGGCUGCUGCGCUCCGACUUCUGCGUCAAUUCGCAGAGGCGGGACCCCGGCGAGGAGAAGUUCCUCAUGGACUGAGCGCCGCCCAGCGCGCCUGGCCACGGGGCCACGGAGGCGGGAAGAGGGCCCUCGCACCGUGGACGGGCCGCCGAGGUCCGGUUCCACGGCCUCGUUUGCCGAGGAUUCCACCUCCGGUGCCUUCCUCCGUCGGGCGGCCCUGCCAUGGGGCAGCUGCCUUAGUGAGGGCCGGUGCCUUGCGCGGCCCCUCAUCCCGAGCGCGAGAGCCCAGCUGCUGGAGCUGGCCUGAGC